UUUGCUUAUCUUCGUGGAUAUUUUUCCUACAUUGUGCUACUGUUAUCUCAGCGGAUAUUUAUAUUGUCAUCAGUUUUUUAGUCUUAAGUCGUUACACGAACAAUAAUGUAGGACGAAAUUAUCCCACAUAUUGUUCAAUCCUGUUGAAAUUGUGACUGUGAAAUGUUUUUUCAAGUUGUUUGUUUGUGUAGAAGAAGAAUGAUGAAGUUAAACAUGAAUGUUAAUGAAAGAAAGCUGGAGAACGUUGAAUAUCAUUAUAUAUCAGCAGUGCUGUUAAAGUUAUCUGUCAGUCAUCCUGUGAACAGAAGGACAAAGAGGAGACGUUCAAUCAUGUCAACGGAAGAAGAUAUGGAAGCAAUCGAAAUUCCGGACAGGUCUAUUGACGAAGGUCUUCCUAUUAAUGAAAUUUCAGAAAAUCCUUUAACUGAUGUUGAGAAAACAAAUAAAGGUCUUGAAUUGUGUGACUUGAUCUUAACAAUUCUGUCGUACAUUCUUGUCAUCAUCACCUUUCCAUUUUCUCUUUUCUUUUGCAUUCGAAUAGUUCAAGAAUAUGAACGUGUCGUUAUUUUUCGUCUUGGACAACUUCUUCCUGGUGGGGCUAAAGGUCCAGGGCUAUUUUUCAUCUUGCCUUGCAUUGAUUCUUAUCAAAAUGUUGAUCUUCGUGUUGUGUCUUUUGAUGUACCCCCACAGGAAAUUUUAUCAAAAGAUAGUGUAACAGUUUCUGUGGAUGCAGUUGUUUACUACAAAAUUUAUAAUGCCACAAUGGCCAUUAUAAAUGUGGAGAAUGCUAGUAGAUCUACUCGUCUAUUGGCUCAAACAACACUUCGUAAUGUCCUUGGUACAAGAAGCUUAAGUGAGAUUCUCUCAGAACGAGAAACCAUCAGUCACAGCAUUCAGACAACACUUGAUGAAGCAACAGAUGGUUGGGGUGUCAAAGUUGAACGUGUGGAAGUUAAAGAUGCUCGUCUACCACAGCAACUCCAGAGAGCAAUGGCAGCCGAAGCUGAGGCAGCGAGAGAAGCAAGAGCAAAGGUAAUUGCCGCUGAAGGUGAAAUGAAUGCAUCACGGGCUCUAAAAGAAGCCGCUGAAGUGAUCUCUGAAUCACCGCAGGCUCUACAACUACGUUAUUUACAGACCCUCACUGCGAUUUCGGCUGAGAAAAAUUCAACAAUUAUAUUUCCGUUGCCGAUAGAGCUGAUUAGUAGUUUAGUAAAAAAUAAGUAGAUUAUAACAAAUCUUCGUUUGAACUGUUUAAAAGGCAAGUUUGGUUUUCGUCGAAGAUUGCAGCUCAAAAUAUUGUGUGCUUUUACGCGAUUUUCUUGACAGCGCCGUCGUGAAGGUAGGGAGUUGACUUAGGAGUGGUUGAAAUUCAAAUCUCUUGAAAUGAAUGUGAUUAUUUGGA